ACUCAUAUGUCAUUUUCUUAAUGGUGAUCUCGUGACCGGACGCGCCUUUAACCGCCAUAUAUAGAAACCCCCCACCACCCCCCCACCACUGCGCGGAGAAGCCAGCAUGCCUCUCGAUAUACCAGUUAUCACCGAUGAGGAUCUGAGCCGCUCACCAACGGCGAAGAAUCGACUAUUGUUUGCGGAAGAUCUGAUCCAGUUUCAGCGUGUCUAUGAUUCAAAACCAAGGGCUCUUGUUCACCUAAUGGAGUUAGAUGCGGAAGAUCUGAUCCAGAUUCAGCGUCUCUAUGAUUCAAAACCAAGGGCUGCUGUUCCAGACGUAGAGAAGUGUGGAGGUCUAGUUAAGCUAUUAAUAGAGCUGCUUUACAAGAAACUCUAUGAACCUGAGACUGAUGAUGAGGACUCAGAUGGAUCAGAAGAAGAAAUGAAAAUGAAAGAUUGCAGAGUUUGUAUGAAGGAGAACGGGGAUCACAUGUCAUAUGAAUGCCCUUACUUGGAAUGUAUUCCAGAUCCCAAGGACACACCUGUUGGGGAGGCCUAUAUGAUAGUUUGCGCCCACUGCGGUUUGUCGAAACAUGGGCACCAAGAUGGAACCUGGGAAGGACGCGCGAUAUUUGAUUUUCGUAAGUCCAGUUUAUUCGUUCGACAGCCUGAUGAUGCUAACAACCAAGUUUUGGGGGAACAUCAUGCUACUUUGGAAGGAAGUCGUGCAACAAUGGAUCCUUGUAGGAUUCCAUUUGGUAUUCCGAAAGCCUGGUGUGGUUCAUCAUAGGCCUGAUGCAAACGAUGAAGUUGAAUUCCUCGCUUAACAUGAAUGUGAGUGUUAUGCUGUGUGUUUUUAACUUGUGGAACUAUGGUGUUUAGCCCGUGUAAAUAAGAGCCCCUCUAUAAGUGUUGUGUUGAUUUUGUAUCUUUUCAUUGUUGUUCUACAGCUUUUUCAUUUUUGUUCUACAGCUUCUGCUAUUGCUUCUCUUUUGAACUUCAGAGUUAAUGAAAAUAACUUGAUAGAUAUCU